ACCCUACAUUUUCUUGGCAACUGCUAUAGCAUUUCCACAUACCUUCUACUUGUCUCUAAAUGAUAAACGAAUUACUGAUAAUUUUGAUGAAAAUUGGAAGAUCAAAAAAAUUAGAAAAUAAAUACAAAGCCCAACAGUACAAUCAAACACUAAAGUCGUCCCUCAAAGUAAUCUGGGUUAUUCAUGUCAGGUCAGGUCUCUUCCUCAAUCUCAAACUGUUUAAAUUCCAAGGCUUGAGUUGAGUUUGGGUUUUGCAGUUGGAGAAUAAUGAGUGAUACUAACGGUAAAAUUAACAAGAGCAUUAGACAGACAGAAUCAUCGUCCCGUUUGUCACCUUUGGCUAAGCCCUUCAACUUCAAUAACCAGGCCCAUGAAUAUGAUGGUCAACAAUCCUUUAACUCAUUUUCACUUGACCUCUGCAAUUUGAAACAACUUUAUGAUUAUGGUGGGUGCUAUGAUCAAUCGGACCCUUUUCUAAUUCAUUCCGAUUCUGAUGCUAUGUCUUCGUCUUUCGCUAAGGCUGCCCAUCAAACUGUUAUUGGGGACCAUACCUCUUCGUUGUCUUCCAAUAGCUUUCCCAAACAAGAUGAAUGCACACAUCCUCAGCCAUCAGAAUAUAAGUCUCCUCAAGCUCGAGUUAUGAGACCAUCAGGAACUGUGGAUUCUUGUGGUGAUGCUGCUGUCAUGAUCGAGCCACACAUUCUUCUGAAUGCCAAUGAUAAGAUUGUUUGCCAUGAAAAUGUUCCCAUAGGUAAAGGGAAGGAAAAAAAGAAUGGUGAACAUGCCAAUAAUGAAGCUAUAGAUUCCUUGGUCAUGGCAACAAGAAAGUUGUCAAUCACUUCUCUUGACUGUCCUGAUGUUUUUUCCUUGGAAACUGAUGGUACUAAAUCGGGUGUCCCUGUCCAAAAUUCUUCUGUAGUGUUAGACCAGAAUGACUCUGACUCUGAUGUGGAUUCACCUUGUUGGAUAGGAACCGGUGCUUAUCAAUCUCCUUUUGAAGUUACUAAGCCUGUGGGUUCACAACUUCCUAGAAUUGAAAUAGAAGCACGUAAAACCUUGAAUCCUCUGGCACCUCAUUUUUUUCCUGAAAGUGCUAAACAACUUGCAAAUUUCCAUGAGAGUGAUUCUAAUGGAAAUGACCACUUGUCUUUCAUGAUGGAUCUAUGUGCGGGUUUUUCUUUCUCAACCAAAGAACAAAGAUUUAUUGAUUCUGUGAAAGCAGGAGCUUAUUCUUCAGAAAUGAGCAAUGUUAUAGGAACUCAAUGUUCUAAUAACAUUCAUGAUGGAGGAAAGAUAUAUUCCCUACCCAAAAAGUCAAAUAAUCUUUCUGUGCCCAAUUCUUUACUUGGUGAUCAACCAUUUCUCUUGGAAGAUUACCUUACUUCCAGUGGUCAGGGCGUGAUAGGGGCAGAUGUUACUGGUCCUAUGAAAAAUAUCAAAGACACUGUGUGUAAUGGUUCAUCUUGUGUGACUUCCGCUGUGACAGGGAAUUUCCGGAUUUUAUCUUGUUCUAGAGAUGGUGUUCCCUCAGUUGUUGAUGGGAAACUUCAAGGUGCAUCAAAGUCUACAUCUCCAAAAUUAGAUGUUCAAUCAGUGAUUAGUACAAUGCAUGAUCUAUCAAAGUUGCUUUUGUGGAAUUAUUCAAAUGAUUUAGAUUCAAUAAAUGAGCAUGAGCAUGAUAUGAUCCAGCAGAUAAUCAAUAAUCUUAAUAUCUGUAUGACAAACAAGGUUGGACAAAGGAUUUCAAUACCUGAAUCAGGUCAUCACUGCACUUUACACAGUCCUAUGAAGUUAUCUGAUUGCAACAAGGAAUUCAAGUUAACAAGGUUGAAGACUAUGACUGUUCCACAUGAUUGGGAAAGGCAAAAAAGUUGGUCCACUAGAUUUGACAAGAAAGUUGCCGGUCCUUCUUCUUAUCCAAUAAAUGGUGAAGGCAUUAAGAAUGGUGAUGCAUACACUGAGAUAAUCAGGAAACAAAAUCAUCAGAUUAUAGAAGGAAUGUGCUCUCAACCUUUGUUGCAUGGAAAUUCACAGGUUGAAUCUGAAGCUGCAUUACGUAUAUGAAAUGUUUUUUAGAUCUUGCAAACUGAGCUGGAAUGACGCAAAUCAGUCAGAAGAAUGGUUAAUGUUUGGAAGCGAAGGCUGCUGUGCAAGUAGCAUGUAUAGUUGUAAACUUAAGGCUACUCAUUACUAGUUUUUACUGGUUCGGCAAAAGUUUUUUGAGGCUCUUAUUAAGGGUUUGAUCCGUGUUAUUAAGGAAACAAUUUCUCGGUGGACGGUAGAUACAAGAUAUGGGGGAAGCCAUAAGCUGAAAGGUUCCUAUCCUUCAAUCCCCAACCAGCUGAUUAAGAUUCGGAGACUGAAGUUGCAUAAACGUGAAGAAAACAUUGUAGCACCGGAGAAUGUAUAGGUCAUUGUAAGUAAGAGAAACAUCAUUUGUUGGUAAAGCAUCUUCACAAUAUGUACUUAAACAUUAUAUCAA